CACUAUAUAUAAUUGCAAGUCGAGUGAUUUUUUUCAUCCCCAAUACGACUCAAGGAGAAGACGAGGGAACUUUUAUUUCGAAUUAUUCUAUUCAGGAUUCGGAGGAAGAGGAGAAAAAGAAAGAGGAACAAAGGAUAUCAAGUGCUGAAAGUGCAACUGAAGGGCACACGUAGUGGCACUAGAUUUGGCGCGUUUUAUCAUUAAAUACCUUCUCAGCUACGGACGAACGGACAGAUUAGAUUCCUUCGAUUCACCGGUUACGUGGUUGUUGGUACAUAGAUAAACCAAGAUGUCCAGGAUAUGCCGACUGUCGCUCCGCGGUAUUCGCAAUUUCGGCGACGAUAAUGAGGACGCCCCCAAUUUGAUACGCUUCAGCUGCCCGAUGACGCUGAUCCUGGGGCCGAACGGCACCGGGAAAACCACGAUCAUCGAGGCGCUGAAGUACGCUACCACCGGCGAAUUUCCACCUAGCUCUGAGAAAGGGAAAUCCUUCAUACAUGAUCCGAAUUUGGCGUCAACUGGCUUGAUAAGAGGCGUCGUCAAGGCUGAGAUUGUUGAUUCUGUUGGUAAUGCUGUUACAGUAUGCCGAACAAUUGAGUCCAUAAAAACAACAAACAGAUUCAAGACUCUUGAUAGUACUUUGACAAGAAUGAGCAAGGAUAAGAAAGAAAAGAUAUCUAUAACCAAUCGAUGUGCAGAUAUUGAUGCUGAACUCAGCAUAGCAUUGGGCGUUUCCAAGUCCAUUCUGAAUUACGUGAUAUUUUGCCAUCAAGAUGAGCUGAAUUGGCCAUUUGAUCAGGGGAAGACACUAAAAGACAGAUUUGAUGAGAUAUUUGACAGUACAAAGUUUAACGAGGCCUUGGAAAAUAUUGGAAAGCUCAAUAAGGAGUUACAAGCGAACUUACGAUUCUUGAAGGAGCAAAAAAAUUCUUUCGCUGUACUCGUGUCCGAGGUAGAGUCCAGAGAGGACACACUUGAAGAGCACAAACAGAGAUUUGAGAGCACAAAGGAAAAAAUAGGCAUUAUCGAUAAGGAGUUGGAAUCGUUGAAAGGGAAAAUCAAGGAGAUGGAGCAGUUUCAUUCAGAAUACAAGAGCGUACAAGCUGACGAAGAGAAGAAGAAGAUGGAGUACGAUAUGCACAAGGAACGAUAUGUGAAACUGAAAGGCACUAUAGAGAACAUCUUUGAAGGAACGAUGGAGGAGUUGAAUGUGCACAUACAGUCCUAUGAUUCCAUAUUGAUGGAAAAGAAUAACGAGAUAACCGAGAAUGAAGCUGAGAUCAAAGGUAUCUGCGAGAAGGAAUCCAGGAUCUCGAAUAUUUUGGCAACGCGCAGGGAAACCGUGGGCACGUUGAAACAACAAGUGAAGGAUCACGAGAGAAGGAUAAUCCGUCGUAAUCGGCUAUUAGACGAUGCAUUGCAGGCCUGCGGUCUCGACACGGUGGGACCGGACGUGUCUGAGAUAGAGGUGAAGGCUUUCACGAAGAGAUUGGAACAGAAGAUGCGGACAUUGGAGCGAGAAGCGGAGGAAAGUCGAUUGGCCAUGCAGAAACAUGAGAGCGAGUUACAGAAGGAGCUUGACAGGCUGCGCAGCAAUCACUCGAAAAUAGAAUCCGAAAAGAUCCUCAAGGAGAAGGAAGUGACCGAGAUAAGAGUCGAUACAACCGCGAUUCGGAAUCAAAUAACACAGAUCGGUAUCGCGGGAAAUAAGUUAAAGUCCCUUGAACAAACACUACAAGCGGCGAAGCAAAGGGUAGACAAAAUCGGCAAGGAGUUAGAUGUGGACUCGGUUAAAGUCGACAUCGAGAGCAAGGUCAAAUCCAGAGACAAGAUCGAAGCAAGCUUGAGCGCGAUCGACGAUGAGAUCUCCUCCCUGCACAAGCUGAGCUCGUUAACGGCGGAAUUCGAGUUGAAGAAAUCGACGUUGCGAGCUAAGGAAGAAGAGUUGGAGAAUCUGAAGAAGAAACACGGCGAGGAUAUUAAAACAUUGCUGAACAUCCAGGAACUGCAACAUACGAAAUUGAGAAGUUCCUUACAACGUGUUCAUCAGCAGUUGGAAAAAGAAGCGAGUAACUUGACACGUGAGAUACAAACGCAGGAACGUCGAACCACCGCUCUUGAAACGACAGUGCGGCACGUGGAAUCCGAUAUCACGAAGAAACGGACAGAAUUGGAACGCGGCAAGCAGAAAGUAUCCGUGGUGUGCGAUAUCAGGGAUUUCGACGAGACCUUGUUGAUGCAAUCGAAGAUAGUCAAGGAUCUUCAGGACCGAAGGGGGGUUUAUGCUUAUCAAGCCACAGCUUACAAGGAAUACGUAAAUAAGCUUAAGAAAGAUCCUUGUUGCCCGUUGUGUCACAGAGAUUUUCAGCAGAAAGAGAAAGUCGCAGAUCUAAUAAAGGAGCUGGAAAGCGACAUAAUACGCAAUCAGCCAGGCCGUUUGAAGAAAUGCGAGGAGGAGUUGAAGACUGAACAGAAGAAGUACGACGAUAUGCUGCAGUUGAAGCCUGUCGUCGAGAAGAUCAUUCAGUGCGAGGAAAAUGAUAUGAAGAGAUUGAACGAUAACUUGGAGAAAACGAAGAAUAAUCUGACGCAAUCGAGGACGUGCGUGAAGAAUUUGGAGACGUUGAAGACGGAACCUGAGAAGAAAUUGCUGCUGUGGAAAAAUGUAAUCGGCGAUAUUCAGCUCUGGGAUCAGUGCGUGGACGAGAUACAGCAGUUGAAGAAGACCGUUGAUAAUCUGCAAACUCAAAUGGCCAAUGCAGGUAUUCAAACCGAGAGGACCAUGGAAGAGGCGCAGGCGCAGCGGGAACAACUGAAGAAGUCCUUCAAGGAGACGCGCAAUUACAUCGAGGAUCUGCAGCUCAGAUUGAACGAGCACAACGAGAAACUGCACGACGCUAGAGUAAAGUACAACGAGUUGCACGAGGAGCAGUUGCAGAUACAUUCGGGUAUGCAGAAACUAAAGCACUUAAAGGAGAAGCAGGAGGAACUGUACAAGCGGGAAGUCAGCGUGGACGAAACGGUGGAGAAAUUGCGGAAGGAUCUGACGGAGGCAGAGGAUCGAUUGAAUUCCAGCUCACGGCUGUUGGAGAAAGCCAAGGCGGAAAAUUGGCAGAAGCAAGAGACCAAUAGAAAAUUAAUAGCGGAAAGUGCCAGACGUCUGUCCGACUUGUAUAAGAUAAUAGACGAGGUUGAGUCGUUCAUCAACAGCGACGUGUCUGAAAAACUCGCGAGCUACGAACGCGACAUAGAGACCUACCAUAGGUCGCUGACGGAACUAACGGGCCGACGGAAGAACGUGGAGCAAGCGAUAGGCAAAUUGAAGGAGGACGUUGUCACUCAAGAGAUCAAGAAGAGAGAGAUGCUCGACAACGUGACGUUGCGCGAGACCAAGAAAACAAUGGACACGUUGAAGCAGCAAUACCAGCAGCUGAUGAUACAACUGAAGAGCAUGAAUUAUGACGAAAUGACGAAGAAAUGGAAGCAGUUGGAAGACGAGAGACAGGCCACGCUUCGUCAGGUAAGCUACACGCUUUUNAAGCAGGAAGAGCUGGAAAGAAUGAUGAAGCAGUACACACAGGAGUUGCGGAAGGAGGAUUAUCGACUCGCACGUCGUAAUUACGCAAACAAAUGCAUCGAAUUAACGGUUCAGGAAGACACGAUAGCCAAUCUGAAGGCGUAUAGUCAGGUUUUGGACACUGCGAUGAUCGAGUAUCACGAGGAGCGCAUGGCAACGGUUAACAAGAUAAUGAAGAAGCUAUGGAAGCACGUUUACAAAGGCACGGAUACAAGCAGCAUACAGAUCCGCACGGAACCAACGGAUGGUGUAGGCAGCAACAGGAGAAGCUACCACUAUAAACUAAUUCAGACAAAACACGGCUGCGAGAUGAAUAUGAAGGGACGCUGUAGCGCAGGGCAGAAAGUAUUAGCUUCCAUCAUUAUAAGACUCGCUUUGGCGGAAACGUUCUGCAAGGAUUGCGGUAUACUCGCUUUGGAUGAACCAACGACGAAUCUGGACGAAGAGAAUGCGAACAGCUUAGCAGAUACGCUCACCAAAGUGGUGGAGAUGCGAUCGAGGCAUCAGAAGAACUUCCAGCUGAUCAUCAUCAGUCACGACGAAAAGUUCCUGCAAAAACUCGCCGACCUGAAUAAUCACAAGAAAUUCCACGAACUUUAUCGCAAACAGAAUGGAAUGACAGCCGUGAAGAUUUCGGACUUCAACGAACCCACGAAUUCCAUGGUGCACAUCAAGGAUGAGGAAUCCGACGAAGAGGAUCGGAAUCAACCUUCCUCCAGAGAUGCGGGUAGCGGGUCCACGGCCAGUACAUCGAAUAAAAAACGAUACAAUUGGGACGAUUUUAAUGAAGAUGAGAGGCCAGCCAAGAAGAGAUAUUUCUCCAACGAGUGAUGAAAGUGAUGCGUCUCGUGUGUGCUGUUCUUUUUCUUUUUUCAUAUUUGAAUGCUAUACAUACACGUUCCAUUAGUCCCGGUCUACAAUAAAUACAUUAAACUCUAAGCCUUAAGAAAUUGACCAAUCACCAGUCGAAUAUGAGGGGAAUAAUCGACUGUGAUUGGUAAAUUUCUUAAGGCUUAGAGUUUAAAUUCUCAUUGACAUCUCGGUAGACACCCCGCUUUACAUAGUCUAUAUAUGCAUUAUACUUCAUAUUUGUAGUAUUUUUGUGUCGAUUACCAGAGUACAUACGCGUAAUAUGUUAGCUUUAUUCUUACAGAGAGAAAUUAUCAUAGAAGUUAUAAGAUACUUCUAAACACAAAAUACCUCAGAGCUGUAAUAAAUAAAUGGAAAGUAUUUUAUAAAUAA